CCGCGACACUCGUUUCAUGUCGACUUUUUGGACCUCUCUCAUGCAGGAGUCCGGCACGACGAUGAAACCCAGUUCGGCUCGGCAUCCACAGACAGACGGGCAAACAGAGCGGGCACAUUAGACCGCUCAAAUGAUGCUUCGUACGCUCAUCCGUCCGGACCAGAAGGAUUGGGUUGACCGCCUCCCCGACAUCGAGUUCGCCUACAACACUUCAGUGCACCCGGCGAUCGGUGUGACUCCAUUCAAGUUGCACCACGGUGGACGGAAAGGUCGUAUCUUCUCUGAUCUUCUCCUCCCUCGACCAGCCGACAUUGACGCCGCUUGCUCUCCCGCUUCCGUCCAGAAGUACAGGGAAUUGCUGGCUCAACCCCGCACAAACAUGCAAAAGGCUCAAGUCCGCAUGCAGCAGCAAGCCAACAGGCGCCGCGUACCAUGUCCCAUCCGCGCCGGAGAUCGAGUUUGGGUCUCCUCGGAAGAGUUUGCAUUGGAACAGGAUGUCUCACGCAAACUACUCCCUAAGUGGUUUGGACCAUGGACAGUGACAUCAGCUGCGGGCGAUGAGCCCGAUGGCCCUUCAUUUGUGAUCGACAUUCCUGAGCAUCUGACGGUCCAUCCAGUCUUUCAUGCGUCAAAGCUGGCAACAUAUACACCAGCUAAGAGCGAUGACUUCCCGGGCCAACGAUCGCAGGACCCUCCUUCUAUGGAUGGUCAUCAGGAGGUUGACCGCGUCAUCUCAGAUCGCAAGUAUGGCAGCAAGCCGCGCCAGUACAAAGUUACAUUCAGAGCAUGCGAUCCCGACGACACUCGGUGGAUUUCAGGAGCAGAUUUGAAAGCGUCUGCACCGCUGAUCUACGCUCACUACGAGCGACAGAGUGCAGGGAACAAGACAAUAGCAUCGCUAAUGAAGUUGGAUUGUCCUCGAAGAAUCUUACUGAGCGGCACUCCAAUUCAGAAUCAACUGAACGAGUUCUUCGCCAUGAUAGAUUUUAUCAAUCCCAAUUCACUUGGCUCUCUUCCAGCAUUUAAGCGGCUGUAUGCGACUCCCAUUGAACGCAGCCGAGACCGAAGUGCCAGGACUUCUCAAGUACCGCAUSGGUUCGGACUGAUGUYGACGGAACAGGACACCGGGGCACUGCCACGACGCAGUGCCAGAAUCGCAGUUCGUGCCCGCCCUGCAGUACCUCCAAGACCGAAGAAACUCAGCAGACGGACGACUCCAGCAGCAUCAAGUACGACAUUGACGGUACAAGACGCCACCGGAGAUCAUCCCGCAUACCCAGUCCGAGGAGCCAAUGAGCCAGCGGCUGAUUAUCGUCGGCUGCUACUGGCAUUUACGGAAGCCGUAGCUGCCGUCGAGGCCCGGAAGGAGACAGCAGAGGCAGAACGUCAGCGACUAGCCAAUGAAGCGGCAGCCGAAGCUCAGCGAACGACUGAGACUGACGCAGCGACACUAGACAGACGGAAUGCCAGCAGCACGGAGUCCUUGAUUGCUUGUGAGCAUCAGUGGACGACGAUACUCCAAGACAUGAUCUUUGUGCCUACAAAAGCGCAGGCAGACCCGACACCGGCGGAGGCAGAGAGAAGUAACCUGGCUAACUUGCUGCUGGGCAUGAUGAGAGGUAUUAUGUGGAAUAAUGCACUGCUGCAGUCACAUCUGCGCACGGACGCGACGCAGCGACAAACAUACAAGAAUGAUAUGACUACGUUAACAACUGCUAUCCGCACAGAGGCAAUGCAGCAGCAGCAACAGCAUCAACUGUUGAAUUCCACUAUCACACGCGUCAACAGCAUAGAGGCUAACGCCCCAGCAGCGCCAGGCUGCACGACAGACGUGACGAAGCAACUCAACGAGCGCAUCGAUCACUGUCACGAGGACGGUUGGCAUCCGGUUGAGUACUUCUCCCAGAAGGUGCCUCUCGUCAACACUCUUAAUGACGCUAGGAAGAAAGAACUACUCGCGUUCGUCACCGUCCUCAAACGGUGGCGCCACUUUCUUCUCGGCCGUAGGCGUUUUAAAUGGAAUAUGGAUAACAAUCCGUUGACAUUUUACAAAACGCAGGACACGGUCACUAGUACGAUCGGUCGAUGGAUGUAUUACAUCGACCAAUUCGAUUUUCACCCGUGUCACAUUCCCGGUCCCGCCAAUCGAGCUGCGGAYGCCCUCUCACGACGGCCCGACUUUUGUGCCAUUGUGACCACGGCAUUCGACCUCGAUGACGAUCUGCAGCAGCAUUUCGUCAAAGGCUACAAGUCUGAUCCGACUUACUCUACGCUUUACGCAGAGCUUUCAUCGGAUCACCCGCUGGCUAGCCAUUAUCGGAUUUCCGACGGGUUCCUUCUCCUUCACACGAGAGGAAAGGACUUGUUAGUUGUGCCCCAAGAUCGUAUCUUACGGACUCGUCUUCUCGGCGAAUUCCACGAUGCACGACUUUCGACACACCUUGGCGUGAACCGCACACUCGCACGCCUCCGCCAGCGUUUUCACUGGCCCGACGUCCUUCAUGACGUCACGAGGUACAUUGAGUCAUGUGCAGUUUGCCACCGCAACAAGGGUCGAUUUUGAGUCCCCUUCGGCGAACUGAAACCGUUGCCGAUUCCUCGGGCACCACGCCUCUCCAUUGCUAUGGACGUGACAGGCCCGUUUCCCCGCGAUCGCUACGGCCAUGACGGUAUUCUCACGRUCGUUGACCGUUUGAGCAAGUAUGCUCGCUUUCUUCCUUGCAAGUAUCAUGCUGCAGCGCCUGAGCUCGCACGACUCUUGCACACCGGUUGAAUUACCAACCAAGGUGUUCCGGAAGACAUAGUGAGCGACCGAGAUACUCGCUUCAUGUCAGCCUUUUGGACUUCUCUCAUGACGGAGUCCGGCACGACAAUGAAGCCGAGCUCGGCUA